CCAUAGCACCGUUAUCGCCAUCACUGACCUAUCCAUGGGAACUCGGCUCAAGGAAGCGUUCAACCUGUUUGACAAAGAUGGGGACGGGUUUAUCACCACCAGCGAGUUGGGGACCGUUAUGCGGUCUCUCAACCAAAACCCGACAAGCGAUGAGCUCCAGGACAUGAUCAAUGAAGUUGAUGCUGAUGGCAGUGGCACAAUUGACUUCAACGAGUUUCUGCGAAUGAUGUCCAAGAAGUUGAAAGAGACAGACGCCGAAGAAGAGCUCAGACAAGCGUUCAAUUCUAUUAUGGACGUUAAAAUAUACAGUUCUAUUAGAGACACGGAAGUAGGUAGUUCUAUUAUGGAUAGAGAAGUAUGUAGUUUUAUUAUAACAUACAAUGGGUUUUCAACGUCACUCGCUGGUAAAUUGUCACAUGCCUGA